AUGAGCUCUAAUAAUGAACCGGCCCCAAGUCGAAAAUCAUAUUUCAAAUUGAACGAAUUUUUGUCCAACGUUAAACAUUACAAGAACACUUUUAAAGGCGAGAUUCAGUGGUGUAAUAACCUUUCAUUAAACGAUUGGAAGACACACUAUCUUCAGAUUACCAAUACGGGCGCGCUAACACAUUCAAUCGACGAGUUGACAGCAGAUUCCACUAAUAUUCAGCCAAUUAUCAAGCAUUUACAGCAAUGUGAAAUUGAGAUUAUUAGGGAUACACAAUCCACUUUCAAAGAUAUUAAUGCAAAUUGUAACUUUAUAACUCAAGUGAAUACCUUAGGUAAGGAUAAUAAAGUCUACCUCCGAGUUAAAAGUUGGAACGAUUUCAAGAAAUUAUUAACGUGUUUGAUCUGGUGGAGCUCAAUGAAGACAAACGGUAUAUUUAAUAAGUUCCAAGUAUCGCCACCUCGUGAAUUCAAAAAGAAAAAAAUGGGAAAACCAGAAAGUUUGCUGGUUUACAAAUUAAAUGUCUUUGGGCCCAUUGUUAAAAACAUCGCUCUUCCGCCGGCAACAAAUACCUUAGGCAACCAUGACUUAAUUAAUAAUGAUAAUAACGGAGUGGGCUGGUUUUCUGCUAUGGGAGUUCUUAAAUCAGACGGCACGUUAGAUCUCCUUUUACAAAGUGAUGGCUCUCUGAUUUACUCGUUAAACAUUAAUCAGCUUUUAAAAUCAGAGAUAAGAAUCCUAGAUUCUUCUGUUUUACAAAAUGAAAAUUGUUUGUUUUUAGGUGAAUUGCCAUUGCUAAGAAACCAGUUGGACCUCGAAAAAUUUCGUAUAGAAAAUAUUAGCAGUUCUAACAAUAACUCUAUUGAUAUUCCUCAAGAAAUUAUUAUAGAAUUUCCCUUAAGAAUAGACUUGGAGGAUUGUUUUGUAGCGUUACAGUCAUACGCCAGGUCAGAAUAUUUAUCUGUUAUUGGUUCAGAUAAAUCAAACGAUAUGAAGAUAUCGAAUAGCUUUAAGAUUUCUAUUUUGGAAGCUAACUUUCAGUCAAUCAAUUUGAAUGACAAGAAUAAUACGCCAUGGUCAAUAUUCACAGACAUAACAGCUUGGGGUCAUACGUGGGCUAGGACAUCGAUGGUUCCGAAUUCCCCAAAUCCAUUUUGGAGAGAAGAGUUUAAAUUUAAUGAACUUUUAAGACUUACUGAUUCCUAUCUGGAAAUCAAGCAGUUAUUUCAGGAUCCUAAUAAUAAAAAACGGUUACGAUUGAUUGGUAAAAUAAAAAUUACCCAAGAGAUAAUAAACGAUACGAAAUAUAAUAAGGAAACUAGACUGCCCGUCAUGGACAUUGACAACCAAAAUUUUCAAAUUGGAACGAUUUGUAUUAAAAUUUCUUCAAAUUUGAACUUCAUUUUGCCGUCAACUAACUUCAUUAAAUUGGAAAAACUUUUGAUUAACGCAAACUUGUCCAUGGUUUCAAAUCUAAUAUACAAAUCUUCUUCAUCAAUGGAAAAUGAUAAUAAAUUGACGCAAACAUCAAUAAUCUUUCUUGAUAUAUUUCAAUCUUUGUCAAGAAUAGAAGAAUGGCUCCAUGUACUUAUAGAUAAAGAAUUGGCUAAAAUAGACGGAACAGUUUCAAGGAUAAAUCAGAAAAAUCUAGACUCGAGACAUAUUUUCAACAGUUUAUUCCGUGGUAACUCCAUCUUAACAAAAUCAAUUGAACAAUAUUUCUUUAGAGUGGGUAGUGAGUAUUUGAAUAAGGCACUUAGUGGAAUACUAAAGGAGAUCAUUGAGUCAAACAAAUCAUGUGAAUUGGAUCCUACCAGAAUAAAAGAAAAAGAUGAAGCAAAGAAGGGGAAAAUAAUAGGCGAUAAUUACAAAAGGUUGUAUUCUUGGGUUACAAAAAUUUGGAAAAGACUUUAUGUAACGAGUAAUGACCUACCGAUUGAAAUAAGAAAUGUUUUGAAAAUUUUUAGGCAGAAACUAGAGAUAAUUUGUAUCGAUGACACUCUGCAAAUAAUUUUGAAUGGUAUAUCAGGGUUGUUGUUUUUGAGGUUUUUCUGUCCGGUUAUAUUAAACCCUAAACUGUUCAAAUAUGUUUCUCAAAAUUUGAACGAAACAUCAAGAAGAAAUCUUACCCUAAUAAGUAAAGUAUUACUUAAUUUGUCCACUUUGACACAGUUUGCAAACAAGGAGCCCUGGUUGAUGAAGAUGAAUAACUUUAUCGAUAAAAGACAUAAUGAGUUACUAGACUACAUUGAUAAAAUGACGCAAAAGAAACUAGAUUUCAACUCAAAGAUAUUGAACUUAAGUUCUACUAUUUCGAGACCCAAAUUGGCCAUUGAUCAGGUUACGUUGAAUGAUUUGCCGCAGAUUCCUUAUCUAAUUGAUAAGAAUUUGAGAGAGACUGAGUUUGUUAACCUGAUUGUUAAUUUCAGUCAGGAAAAUAUGAUCAGGAUGGAAAAAUAUAAUCAUACAGAUAGUGACGGGAAGAGAGAUUUAAAGGAGGAGGAAGGUCUGUUAAACGGUAGCAGCAUAAAUUUGUCGAUGGAUAAAAAAGAUUUAGAUUCACCAGUUGAGGUUAAGCCAGAAAUUGGAGAGUUAGAAUUUGAGAAAAUAACUGAAAAUAACACAGAGGUUUUCGGAGACGAUUUAAUGAAUUUGCUGAAAAGCGAUGAUGUAGGUCCCAAAAACAAAGGCCUGGAUAGUGGCACUAACUCUAGCGUCAUAUUCAAUUCUAUAAUCCCGAAAACAGAAGAGGAAAACUACAUGAUGAAAGAAUUGGAGCAAGAGUCAUGUUUACUUUAUAAUAGGAUUGAUCAUGUUAGAAAACGGUUAUCAGAUUACGAAUGUGCUUCUAGUACUUUGUUUGAAGACAAAAAAUACUCCAUUUCACUCUCGCAUAAAAUUUUUUAUGAAGAAGUAAAGGAGGGAAAAAAAAUUGUCCUUAAACUGUUAAGUAAGCCAGCAAGUGAAUACUCCUCCGCAAGAUUGCAGAAGUUCUUCACGAAAGGUGUCCCUAGUAAAUCUAAUAACAGCAUUGGAGAUAGUCACAGUAGAUUUUUGAGUAUUGAUGUACAUGAUGAAAGUCCCAAGAGUAAGAACAGAACAUCGUUACAUGGGGCGCCAUCCGACAAUGGAGCCAAGGACGAUCAUUUGAUACUUCCAACCUCGCAAGGUAAAGGUAGUUUGGGUAAUAGAUUUUCUCCGACGAAGUUAUCUAGGAUAAUGAGGAAACCUCCUAACGCAGAUGUACCUAAAGAACAAAGUUCCCGUAAGUUGACAAGAUGGUUUAAGAAGAAGAAAGAAACAGAGGGAACUUGA